CGGGGCCGCGGGACCGGGAGGCGGUCCGGAGGCGGAGCCUCGGCCGCACCAAGUCCUGCGUGCCGCUCUGCGCCGCCUCUCGCCGGGCCGCCGCUCUCCGCCCAGGGAACCGGGUCAGGCCGCGCCGCCCAUGGUGCUGCUCGAGAGAGCCAUGGCCACUUUCCGCUUGGCCCUCAUCCAACUUCAGGUUUCUUCCCUCAAAUCAGAUAACCUCACUCGAGCUUGUGGUCUCGUGCGGGAGGCAGCAACACAAGGAGCCAAAAUAGUUUCUCUGCCAGAAUGCUUUAAUUGUCCAUAUGGCACGAAAUAUUUUCCCCAAUAUGCUGAGAAAAUUCCUGGUGAAUCUACACAGAAGCUUUCUGAAGUAGCAAAGGAGUGCAGCAUAUAUCUCAUUGGAGGUUCUGUUCCUGAAGAGGAUGCUGGGAAAUUCUAUAACACCUGUGCUGUGUUUGGGCCUGAUGGAACUUUACUGAUAAAGUACAGAAAGCUCCAUCUGUUUGAUAUUGACGUUCCGGGGAAAAUUACAUUUCACGAAUCUGAAACAUUGAGUCCCGGUGAUAGUUUCUCCACAUUUGAUACUCCUUACUGCAGAGUGGGCCUGGGCAUUUGCUACGACAUCCGCUUUGCAGAGCUCGCACAAAUCUACGCGCAGAGAGGUUUGGGAGAGUUUGAGUUUGUUCCCCACUGGGUAAGGACCAAAAUGGGGACUGAGUGUGGGGUGGUGUCAACCUGCACCCAUUCUUCUCUGGCCGUUCUGUCUCAAGGCUGCCAGCUGUUGGUGUAUCCUGGAGCUUUUAAUUUGACCACUGGACCAGCCCACUGGGAGUUGCUUCAACGAGGCCGGGCUGUUGAUAAUCAGGUAUAUGUGGCCACGGCAUCUCCUGCCCGGGAUGAUCAGGCCUCCUAUGUCGCCUGGGGACACAGCACUGUUGUGAGUCCUUGGGGAGAUGUCCUUGCCAAGGCUGGCACUGAAGAGACCAUCGUGUAUUCAGACAUAGACCUGAAGAGGUUGGCUGAAAUACGCCAGCAAAUCCCCAUUUUUAGCCAGAAGCGAUCAGACCUUUAUGCAGUGGAGGCGAAAAAGCCCUAAGGUUUAUGCUUCUAACAUGUCAUGAAAAACAGGAUGAUGUUUCUGCAAUGUAAUCAACUCCCUGUUGAAUUCUUUAAGGAGGUUUUUUUUUUUUCUAAUUUCAGACUUUUCCUUUCUUGGGAACUCUCUAUUGAGAUGAUGGAGCAUCAGCACAUGAUAUUUUUCACACCAUAUUAGAUAGUUAAAAAGGGCUCAGGCUAGCCUUGCGAGCAGAAGGAAAAGGAAAUGGCUAUAACUCCCAUACUAAGUUGCUUCAUAGCAGUUGGUGAAAGUAUCAGAUCUUGGUAUCCUGGUGGCUGCUUCACCUGGUACCCAUAGAUUUAUGUCACAUACUGCUUAUCUCACUGCUGGGGUUAGAAUCCAUUACGUAGAAAAUUUGGUCUGGUGCCGCUCUCUUUUGAGUAGGACGUUGAAGUUUAUAUUUUUAGUCUGUGAGUAGCUAUGGAAAGCAAGGUUAUUGACCUUUGGUGUUUGCUAGAGGAGAUGGCAGCCCCAUCCCUUCCCGGCAGCCUUGGGGCUCUUCAAAUUCAAGAAGGAGCCAAUGAAUCAACCCCAGACCCUCCUGGUCUUAGAGAAAAGGUAGUAUCAAUAGGGAGUCCUGUGGAAGAAUGGCAGCAGUGGCAUUUGGUCAAGGCAACUAAAGUAUGAGUCUCUGUAAAAGAUUUUCUUGAUGGGGUGAGUGUCUGAAAAUAUCUUUGUCUUUUUGCUUUUCUCCCUAGUAACACUUUCUAGCUUGAUGAAGGCAAGCUAGUGGUUUUAGCCUAGUGGUUUUCAGAAGCCUUUUGCACAAUUAAAAAUUAAGGAUUCCAAUGAACUUUGUUUUUAUGUAUGUUACAGUUGGUGGUGGGCUAAUAAACAUUUAACAACCAGCUGUCC